GAAAAAAACAUAUUAAUAAAAUGAGUUAUCUACGUAAAAUAAAUUUUCACACCGAGUAACUUCUCUGUAAUGUCCAGAAAACAGUAAUUUCAUUAACAUUGUCAUAAUCGGGAGUUAUCGCUGUAAAAUAAUAAUGUCUGAUGCCUGGGAAGAAAUCCAAGCCGUCAAAAGUAAACGGAAUAGUUUUCGUGAAAAGAUCGAAAAGCGGAAGAAAGAACGCCAGAACAUUCUUGGUGCCAACUUAGUUGUGCCGGAUAAAGCCGAGGGAUCACCGAAAGAACGACCAGUUUCAAGCCCGGCGCCGUCGAAAAAUGAUACUCCGAUUAUAGAAAAACCAAGACCACCUGUGCCUUCAGCAUCUUUAGAAGUGCGUUUGUUGCAAGUUUUGUCUGACAUGCAGCUGCAGUUACCAGCGACAGCCAGCGCCCUGCUGCCUGGUUUGGGGGAUGUUGACGCGGGCAUUGUUGCAAGCCUAUUGGAGAAGUUUGCCACUCAGAAGUUGAUUACAAUAGGUGAAAAGGCAGAGAACACCACAGAUGGUUGUAUAGAAGUAGUCAGUGCUGAGUCUGUAAGGCUUGCAGCUGUACUAGCUGCUCUGAUGGAAGAACAAUCCACCAUCACUAAGAGAAAAGGUGAUAAAGUGGUUGAUGAAGCAUCACACCCAAAAGUAUCAAAAACAACAACAGAUGAAAAGAAGACCACAAAGAAUGACACUGAUAUAAUGUCUUUACUAGCUAUGCCAUCUAGCAGAGAAAAAGCUGUGAAGAGGGUAGGGGAAGAGAUUAUGGAUCUUUUGAGCAAACCCACAGCAAAAGAGAAGUCAUUGGCUGAUAAAUUUAAAAGCCAAGGAGGUGCUCAAGUGAUGGAAUUCUGUCCGCACGGAACUCGUGCUGAAUGCAUGAGAGCAUUCACUGCCCAGAAGGAAGCAGUGAGCUCCAGCUAUGUUUGCAAGAAGCUACACUUUAAGAAGAUCAUACAGAGUCAUACGGACGAGUCGCUGGGCGAUUGUUCUUUCUUGAACACAUGCUUCCAUAUGGAUAGUUGCAAGUACGUUCAUUAUGAAGUGGACAACACGGAUCCUAACAUUAAUCCGGGCAAACCGACGGAUACACCAAUGAAAGGUUCACAAAAUGGCACAAGUGUAGUAUCCAAACCUGACGGAGUACUAACUCUCACACCUCCACAGUGGAUACAGUGCGAUCUACGAUAUCUUGACAUGACGUUCUUAGGUAAGUUCGCGGUGAUAAUGGCCGAUCCGCCUUGGGACAUCCAUAUGGAGUUGCCGUACGGCACUAUGUCCGACGACGAGAUGAGAUGCCUCGGCAUACCGCAGCUGCAAGACAGCGGGCUGAUAUUCCUCUGGGUCACCGGCAGGGCGAUGGAGUUGGGUAGGGAGUGUCUCAAGCUGUGGGGUUACGAUCGAGUCGACGAGCUGAUCUGGGUGAAGACGAACCAGCUGCAACGGAUCAUACGGACGGGACGUACGGGACACUGGCUCAACCACGGCAAGGAACAUUGUUUGGUCGGUAUGAAAGGUAACCCGGAGAAUUUGAAUCGCGGACUGGAUUGUGACGUCAUAGUUGCUGAAGUUCGCGCCACAUCCCACAAACCCGAUGAAAUUUACGGCAUCAUUGAACGACUCAGCCCUGGCACAAGGAAGAUUGAAUUGUUUGGAAGGCCCCACAACGUCCAGCCCAAUUGGAUAACACUGGGAAACCAGGUGGACGGUGUACGUCUAGUUGACCCGGAAUUAAUAGCCGCGUUCAAGAAACGAUAUCCGGACGGAAACUGUAUGGCGCCGCCGCCAGACCCCGCCUUGACUUAACAGAACGAAAUUUGUUAUAGUAAGACGCCUGGGAUUGGCCAAGCCUAAGUGACGUCACAUGCUUGUAAACUUCCUUCCAAAGUGGCAUUAAAUUGUAUCUGUUGGCCAUGACUAAAAUGACGUCACAUGCUAGUAA